UUAGUAGCAUUAUCUAAGCUGCAGAAAUGCUGCACUCACAGACAAUGCAAUCCAUACCCACUCUCCACCAGCCACUGCACUCCAAGGUAUCGAACUAUCUGAACAACCAGCGGAGAACCGGACAAUUCUGUGACCUGCUCCUGGAACUGGAUUCGGAUGAUUCCCUCAGCUUGAGCGUCCAUUUCUGCGUGCUGGCUGCACAGAGCCAGUUCAUCAACACCAAUCAGAAGCAACAGCAGUUCUCCAUUCACAAUCCGCUCAAGAUCACCAUACGGAAUUUCAGCUGCACCCAAUGCCUGCACACAAUUGUGGACUUCUUCUACGAGGAUUUGGUUUCCGUGUCCAAGGAGCACGAGCUGCACUUUCGGGAGCUAGCGCAAAUCUUGGCUGUGACAGAACUACUGAAUCUCUACCAGUUGCAGCCCUUGGGCGAGGUGAAAGAAGCAACAGAGAUCCCAGCAACUGGAGAGGCGCAACCAAAUCCAGAACUAGAAAAGAAGGCAGAGGCUGUCUUUGAGAAUCGACAAAGUUACUUCAAGCUUAAGAACCCGCGAGCGGUAAAGUCCAGCAGCAAAGUGAACUACUGCAUUGGCUGCGACUUCAAGUGCUAUCAGGUGCAGAAAAUGAUCGAGCACAUGGGCAGCUGUGAACCCUCCCAUUUGACCUGCUCGCUGUGCGAAGUGGGCUUCCUGGACUGGCGGGAAUACGACACUCACCUACGCCGGCACUCUGGUGAUCUGCGUAAGCCCUUCUUUUGCUUGCAGUGCGGCAUCCGCUUCAACACACGAGCUGCCCUGCUCGUCCAUCAGCCCAAGCAUUCCACGGAAACGCCGCACAUAUGUCCACAUUGCGGCAAGGGCUUUAAGUGGAAGCAGGGCCUGAGCAACCACAUCCUGGUCCACAAUCCCGAGAAGCAAAUGCUCUGCGACGUCUGUGGCUACAGCACUACGCACAUGAAGGCCUGUAACGUGCAACGAAUAAAGAAAUGAUGAAAGACUGGAGAACCUAUUCUUAUGGCUUAACGUUAAACUUAAACUACAUAGGAAUAAUUUUAAUUUCUGCCACUCUAUGUCCAAGAUGGCGAUCAGGUGGAAUUAAUACUCUUUAGUAAGGUUAGGUCUGGCUUUCGGCAUAUCUCAGCGUACACUUAGAAAUUUUGUUCGAUUCAACUGGAAUUUAAUUUAAUUUCGACAUUCUAGACUGCCGAUCAAGCCUAAAGAAAAUUCUAUUCACUCUAACCUCACUCUAAGCUCUACUUAGGCUGCAUUUUUAUUUGUUUAAAGAUCCCUCCUGGUGGCCCCGAUUUAGGGCGGUCGCUGUCCGGCUGCUGCGGCUGGUCCUUUGCUCCGGCUCGCUGGAAAGGCGCUCCACUACUCGGCCUGGCGCAGUUGCCGUCUCUCCUUCUGCCCGCCGGUAGCGGAUCCGUAAAAUCGUAGGACCCGGGCGAAAGUAUAAGACGUCCAGCGAAAACCCACCGGGCUUCAAUUUCGGCUGCGAUUAUAUUCCGUGUCAAACUACCGUCCGUCAAUAUUUUGAGGUUGACUAACCUGCAGUUUGUCCCAGUCGAAGCUAGGAUUUGGCGGCAAAGCGGCGGUGAGAGGGCCGUGACAAACGCCGAUCUCUACGGCUUAAUAUCGCCGGGAAAACACACGCCGGACUUAUUCCGCGCACCACUAUAAGCGAAGGAACGCCGUAUUCUCGAUAUUUCGCACGACAAAAAAUUCCGUAUGACCGCAAGUUAAAAUUUUCGACGCACUUUUACAACUUGACGCGUUGACUGUUCAGAUCGAAAA